AGUUUGUGUAAUUGAAAUAUCAAAUAUGUAUGAAAAUAAAAUUAAAACAAGAAUUCGAAGGAGACUAAGGGGGCAUGGCGCCCUUUAUUUAUAACAGCGAACGACGACGUUUCAGCGCCAAAAACAAGGCGGUGCUGUUGCCACCGCCACGUUUCUCUACAAACUACUGCUACUCCGACGGAGAACCCCUCCUCGGUUCCAUCUCUCUCACGGACGCACAUCGUCACACUUCUUCCACCUUGAUUCCGCCACCAAAUGGCUACUAGUAUGGUUCUCGACGCGAAACCCUCACAGUCCGAACCACCUCCGGCGCGUGCCACGUCCGAUUCCGACCAGUCCGCCUACGCUGACGAUGACCUCUACACCCGCCUCAAAUCGCUGCAGCGGCAGCUCGAGUUCAUCGAAAUUCAGGAGGAGUACGUGAAGGACGAGCAGAAGAACCUCCGCCGCGAGCUGCUGCGGGCGCAGGAGGAAGUGAAGAGGAUUCAGUCGGUGCCGCUCGUCAUCGGCCAGUUCAUGGAGAUGAUCGAUCAGAACAACGCCAUCGUUGGGUCGACUACCGGCUCGAAUUACUACGUUCGCAUCCUCAGCACCAUCAACCGCGAGCUGCUCAAGCCGUCCGCCUCCGUCGCCCUGCACCGCCACUCCAACGCCCUCGUCGACGUCCUUCCGCCCGAGGCCGACUCCAGCAUCUCGCUCCUAAGUCAGUCGGAGAAGCCUGACGUUACGUAUAAUGAUAUUGGAGGAUGCGACAUUCAAAAGCAAGAAAUUCGUGAAGCUGUUGAAUUGCCCUUAACUCACCAUGAGCUUUACCAACAGAUUGGCAUAGAUCCUCCUCGUGGUGUCUUGCUCUAUGGUCCACCUGGUACUGGGAAAACCAUGCUCGCAAAGGCUGUUGCUCAUCACACUACUGCGGCCUUCAUCAGAGUUGUUGGUUCAGAAUUUGUUCAGAAGUACUUAGGAGAGGGUCCUCGAAUGGUUCGUGAUGUAUUUCGUCUCGCGAAAGAAAAUGCACCUGCCAUAGUUUUCAUUGACGAGGUAGAUGCAAUUGCUACUGCAAGAUUUGAUGCUCAAACAGGAGCUGAUAGAGAGGUCCAACGAAUUCUCAUGGAAUUGUUGAAUCAGAUGGAUGGUUUUGAUCAGACAGUUAAUGUGAAAGUAAUCAUGGCAACAAAUCGAGCCGACACAUUAGAUCCUGCUCUUCUUCGUCCAGGGAGACUUGAUCGUAAAAUUGAGUUCCCUUUACCAGAUAGGCGGCAGAAGAGGCUCGUCUUUCAGGUUUGCACUGCCCAAAUGAACUUAAGUGAUGAGGUGGAUUUGGAAGAUUAUGUGUCCCGUCCAGAUAAAAUCAGUGCUGCUGAGAUUGCAGCCAUAUGCCAAGAAGCAGGUAUGCAUGCGGUGAGAAAGAACCGAUAUGUAAUACUCCCCAAAGAUUUUGACAAGGGUUACAGAUCUAAUGUGAAGAAGCCCGACACCGAUUUUGAAUUCUACAAGUGAUCUGUAAAGGGCAUGAGGGUAAAUUCUAUACAUAUGCAUUAUCACCUAUAUUUGAGCAAAUAAGUUAUGGAGUUACAGUUUAUCUAGUGGCACUUAUAGGGUCAGUUGCUGAAACAUUAGAUCUCAAGUGUCCUUGUCUUGCAUAUGAAGUCAAUCAGAUAUCGUGCAAGGUAGAAUCGUCGAUUUGUAUGCAAGUGUUUCUGAUAUAGCUUUAUCGCAGCCUAUAUCGUUAUCUUGACUUUGCUUUCUGUGUGCCACCCGUUAUGGAAUGUUUUGGUAGACAGCGGGCUCUCGCAUUAUCAGAUUUUGGACCACAUAUUUGUGUAAAUGAAAUUGUAAGGUGAUGCUGAAAA